AUGGAUCGGCACUUGUUCCCUUUGCUGUCUUCAUUUCUUCUCCUAUUGCUUGCAAUGAAGGCUCUCAGAGUCCAUGCGGAGACCACAGAGCCCAAUCAAAGACCUUACAUCGUGUAUAUGGGAGAAAAACCAAAAGAAUUGGUUGGCCUGCCACCAAUAGCUCACUCAGAACUGCUCAAGAAAGCAACUGGAUUAAGCAAGGAGGAAGCGACGAAGCGUCUGAUAUAUAGUUACACCAAGAGCUUUAAUGGCUUCGCCGCUAUGCUUUCCGAUGAAGAAGCAAGGAAGUUAUCCGGCUUGGAAGAACUGGUUUCUGUUUUCCCAAGCAAGCAAAGGCAACUUCACACAACAAGAUCAUGGAACUUCAUGGGUUUUCCAUCGACCGUUCCACAUGGGCCCUUUGAGUCAGAUGUUAUUGUCGGCAUGAUCGACACAGGGAUCUGGCCUGAGUCAAAGAGCUUCAAUGAUAUCGGCUUUGGCCCACCACCAAGCAAGUGGAAGGGCAUAUGUCAGUCAAAUCACAACUUCACAUGCAAUAAUAAAAUUAUUGGAGCUCGAUAUUAUCAUCUUCAAGGCAACAUAAGUGAACAGGACAUACCCUCACCUCGUGAUAAUUUAGGACACGGAACCCACACAUCCUCUACUGCCGUCGGACGAUUUGUCAAAAAUGCAAGCCUUGCAGGUAUUGCAGAUGGAACUGCCCGCGGAAGCGUUCCUUUUGCGAGAAUUGCAGUAUACAAAGUUUGCUGGAGUGAUGGUUGCUCUGAUGUCGAUCUACUUGCUGCUUUCGAAGAUGCCAUUGCAGAUGGUGUUGACAUCAUCUCUCUUUCCAUUGGUGCUGGUGGCACCAUCAACUAUUUUGAUGACUCCAUAGCUAUAGGAUCUUUCCACGCAAUAAAGAAAAACAUUCUCACAUUGAGCUCGGCGGGAAACUCCGGUCCUGAUAUUUCUAGCAUUGAGAACUAUGCGCCGUGGCUACUCACAGUGGCAGCAAGCACCAUUGAUCGCAAGAUCGUUGCAAGAGCUAAACUUGGUAACGGAGAAGAAUUUCAGGGUAUGGCAAUUAAUACUAAUGGCUUGGAUGGUGAGAUGUAUCCUUUGAUAUUUGGCGGAAAUGCGCCCAACAUUUCUGGAGGUGCUAACUCAUCCAUCUCUAGUUUUUGCGGUGAAGGGACACUAGACAAGAAAUUGGUGAAGGGAAAAGUUGUUUUAUGUAGAGGCUUAAGCGAUGGCUCGGGUCUACUACUCGCAGGAGCCGUUGGAGCAAUUAUGCAAACAAAUGGUGCCAAUGACGACUCUUUCUGGUUCUCGCUUCCUGUCUCUGUGCUGCAAUCAAACAGUACCGAACAAGUUCAACAUUACACAAAUAAAACUAGCAAUCCUACUGCAAGUAUUUCUAAGAGUCAGGGCGUGUUCGAUGCAACUGCCCCAUAUGUUGUUUCAUUCUCAUCACGUGGGCCAAAUCCUAUUACCCCCAAUAUAUUGAAGCCAGACCUAACAGCACCAGGGGUUGGUAUUUUAGCAGCAUGGUCUCCACUUAGUAAUCCUAAGGUACCAUAUAACAUUAUGUCAGGCACAUCCAUGUCUUGCCCUCAUACAACAGGUGCCGCCGCUUAUGUCAAAUCAUUUAAUCCAACUUGGUCUUCAGCUGCCAUAAAGUCUGCUCUUAUUACCACUGUCUAUGUGAUGAGCUCAACUAAGAAUGCAGAGGCAGAAUUUGCUUAUGGAGCUGGUCACAUAAACCCACUCGCAGCUUUGAGUCCUGGUCUUAUCUAUGAUGCCCAAGAGGUAGACUACAUUAAAAUGCUAUGUGGUGAAGGCUACAGCACUAAAAAUCUAAAACUUGUCACUGGAGAUCAGAGCAGUUGCACUUCUACCAACAAUGGAACGGUUUUUGAUCUCAACUAUCCCACCUUCGCUUUGAGAGCCCAACAAGGAAAGACCUUUUCAGCUUCCUUCCAAAGAACAGUCACUAAUGUGGGAGUGUCAAAUUCCACUUACAAGGCGAUCGUGAAUUCUCCUUCUAGUCUCAAGAUUAAUGUUGAACCGAACGUCUUGGCUUUUGAAGCCCUUUUGGAGAAGAAAUCAUUUUCAAUCAAAAUUGAAGGGGAUGCUCCAAAGAUCACUAUCUCAGCUGUUUUGAUAUGGAGCGAUGGUACUUAUAAUGUCAGAAGUCCAAUUGUUGUUUAUACCAUCUAA